CUUUUUCCUUUCUCUUCCUUCUCAUUCCUUCCCCACUUUCAUUAUUUCUCAUCAAGUCCAAACAAUGAAAACCUCUCAAAUUCUCCUUUCCAUAAUUCAUUUUCACCGUUUUUCUCUUAACCCAAACAAAAGAAAAACAAAACAAAAUUCAACCUUCUCCAGUUUCCUAAGAAAAGAAUCGAACAGAGACACGACAAGGAAUCGCAGGUUGUCUUCGGAAAAUUCGAAUGAUUCUUUGUAGAACAAAAAAUGCUGUUUUUUCCCAUGUUUUCAAACCUUCUCUUUCCUCUCUUCUUCAUCUUUAUUAUUCUUCAUCUUCCAAAAAGAACAAAACAAACCCUAAUCUCAUAAACCCUAAAUCCCCUUCUUCAAAAUCACCUCGACCCACUUCCUCAAAACCUUCAAUUUCGAACCUUUCACCCAAAACAACCCUUUACACAUUGCUAACCGACCUUGUUUCUUGCCCCACUGACACAGACACUGCCAUUGACAAUGUUUUGGAUUGUUACAAAGCAGAGUUAACCUCUGACCUUGUACUUCGUGUCUUGAUGAGUUACAAUCACUUGGGUAGAACCAAAACAUUGAAAUUUUUCUCAUGGGCAGGGACAAAAAUGGAUUUUCAAUUUGAUGACUCUGUGAUUGAGUACAUGGUUGAUUUCUUUGGUAGAAGGAAACUUUUUGAUGAUAUUAAGUGUUUGUUGAUGACAAUUGUUGCUCAUAAGGGUCAAGUUUCGAGUAAGGCGUUGUCGAUUUGUAUUAGGUUUUUGGGUAGAGAAGGGAGGAUAAAUGAAGUGUUGUCAUUGUUUGAUGAAAUGGAAAGUGUGUUUGGGUGUAAACCUGAUAAUCUUGUUUGUAACAAUGUACUUUAUGUGUUGUGUAAGAAACAGUCGUCGGAAGAGAUGAUUGAGCUUGCACUAUCGAUUUUCGAUAAGAUUGAAUCUCCUGAUACUUAUUCUUGUAGUAAUAUGAUUGUUGGUUUGUGUAGACUGGGUAGAUUUGAGGCAGCUCUUGAGAUUUUUCGAAAAAUGGAUAGGGUUGGUGUGCAUCCAACUCGUUCUGCUAUGAAUGUUCUUAUCGGGGAUCUUUGUUUGAUGAGUGCAAAAGAAGGGUCCGUUGAGAAAGUAAAAGUGACGAAGACUCGUAGACCGUAUAGCAUUUUAGUUCCUAACAUGGGAGGAAAUAGGGCUGCAAUUCAGCCAGCUGUUGAAGUGUUUUCCGCAGUUGUAAAUUCUGGUUUGUUGCCCAGUACUUUUGUUGUGUUUAGGCUUAUGUCAGAGCUUUGUCGCUUAGGUAAUACCGAAGAAGCUGUUAAAGUGUUGAGGAUUGUUGAGGAAAAGAAACUAACUUGCGUUCAAGAGGGAUACUCAAUUGUCAUCAAGGCAUUGUGUGAUCAUCGUAGAGUAGAGGAAGCCGGUAAAUUGUUUGGGAGAAUGUUGGAGAUCGGCUUAAAGCCUAAGUUAGUUGUUUACAAUUCUGUUAUAUCCAUGUUGUGUAAAUUGGGAGAUUUAGACAAUGCUAAUGGUGUGUUUGAAAUCAUGAACAAGAAUAGAUGCUUUCCGGAUAGUAUAACUUACAUUGCCCUGAUCCAUGCUCAAUGUGCGUGUAAGAAUUGGAAAGUCGCUUAUGAAUUGUUGAUGGAAAUGUUAGGCUUAGGAUGGAUUCCACAUUUUCAUACUUACAAUUUGGUAGAUAGUCUUUUGAGAGAACAUGAUCAGUUGGAUUUGUGUCAUAAAUUGGAAAGAAAAUUGGAGAAUCAGAAGUUGUUGAAGUUGUGUAAGGAAGGUCAACUAGGUGAUGCGUACGAGAAAGUAAAAGCAAUGCUCGAAAAGGGUGUUCGUUUAUCAGCUUAUGCUAGAGACACAUUUGAGCAUGAGUUUCAAAAGUGUGGCAAGUUAGAAAUAGCACACGACUUACUGGAAAAGACUCGUAGAGUUCAGGAGCCUCAGGAGAUUAACAGAAGUUAACUAAUUAUGGAAUACAAAUUCAUUUUUUGUUGUAACAAUUUUGAGUUUUAUGGUUGACAUUUUUUCUAUAAUAUUUAACAUGAUGAUUUCCUCA